AUGAAGACCAAAAAAUGUCACGUAGAACCAAUACCUGAGCCUCCACCCCCUGACCCUUGCAAAUUACAACGAAUCAAACAGAAAGAAAAGGCAGGAAUUAAAAUAUGCCCUCCAGUACCCAUUGAACAGCCUCCUCCACCUCCAGCGUGUCACGCUUUAUGCUUCGAGAGGAUAAAAAAUCCAGAAAUCAAACCAGCCAAUCAGACAGUAGUGUGUAUUGUUGCGAGACAACCAACAGGCACUGCUAGGUGUGACGAAGUUGAGGAACGUGCUGCUGCUCAUCCAGAUCUACCUUGGCCAGGGUGUCCCCAACCACCACCCUUACCCCCACCACCAGCACCUGACCUGUGUGAAGAACAGCAGAAAAAGCAAAGAAUAGAAGAGUGUAAAGAAAGAAUGAAACGUUACAGACUUUGA